UUUCACUAAGUCAGUGUCGUAUUGAACAAAUUAAAAAUGAAUAAAAUAAAUUAAUUUAAUAAAGUUGAAAUAAACAAAAAUUAAACAUUUAUGAUUAAACGCAUUCACGGCGCCAUAAUUAAACUUACAACAACAUAACAAGUUCUAGUAAAACUGUUAAAAAAUGCGUUUGUAUGUGAAACGUAAAAGUGGAAAUGGUGAACUCAACCUGAGUUAUGAGUAUGUUUAGAGUACAAAAUCCAUUUCGUAAUUAUUUGUAUGUAUGUGUGAAUGAGUGUAUGCGUGUCUUUUUUAGUUCCUGUGUUUACUUUAAGGAUUGUAUGUACAUAUAGGAAAAUAUCUUUUGGAUCCACGAUAUAUGACGAAACGUGAUUUACAAUUUUACUAUCGCUACUACAAUAUGACAAAGAAACGAAAACACUUCAAGAAAAUAAUCAUAGUGGUUCUAUGCAUCUGUUUCUUCUCUUAUAUUUUUAUAGAUUUUAAUUUGAAAACGAAAUUAAUACAUUUAAGGGACCGCUUUGAAUUUAUCGCCCGCAUCGAUGCCGACUACAAUAUAAGCCAGGCAUAUUUUAUUGAUUUGCCUGGAUGCCGCAUGCCUUACUUUCCUGUCACCGAUGACAAUAUAAUUCAAUUCAUGUAUAAGCCAAGAAAUUUUUCGUGCAAAAAAGCUUUAAUGCGCACCAGUGAUGUUGGUGGUGCAGUUCUCAUGUUGAACAUGAAUGAAAAGGAAAUCUAUGACACCUACGAAAUACGAGACUUGUCGGAUUUGUAUUGUAAUUAUACCGAAAUACGAAGAAUAAAUGAUCAACACAAUCAAUAUUUAGAACCGGUUCCGUUUCAACUAGGUUACAAUGCACAUGUUAGUAUAAAGCCGGGCAUUGAAUUCCUAAUGGUCGAGUGCUGGCCGAAAAAUAACGAAGAAAACAUUAUCUAUAAGGAUUUUCAUUUCUUUGUCACUGAAAAUGUUUCCUUAAAUGCCAUAUUAAGCAGUACUAAUAGAGACGAAUUGUUAUUGGACGAGGAUGACUUCACCAAGAGCUCAUCUGGGUCAAAUUCCUCACGCAUUAAAAUUAAUAAUCAUACUACAACCCAAAGUAGUGAUAAUCGUCUGUCGGUUAUGAUCUUGGGAAUGGACAGUGUAUCACAUUUGAAUUUCUUGCGACAAAUGCGUUCUAGUGCAUCAUAUAUACACAACAAACUGAACUACAUUGAAUUCUGGGGCUACAACAAAGUGGGCGAUAAUACUUACCCCAAUCUUAUGCCAGUUUUAACAGGUUUUGACGAGGAUGAGGUGGCCAUUUCAUGCCUAGGUCCACCUCCUAAAUUUUCUAGUAGUCUUUAUGAUAACUGCUCACUAAUAUGGAAACGCUACAAAGAAGCUGGUUUCAAAACAGUCUACGCCGAAGAUGUUGGUGCUUUGAGUCUUUUCAACUGGCGACAUUCUGGAUUCAAAAAGGCCCCCACAGAUUACUACCUUCGGCCUGUACUUCUCGAGAUGGAACGACACAUCAGCUACGAGAAGCGUUUAAAUGUCGCUCUCUGUAUGGGUGGACGCCGGACAGCCGAUGUUUUGCUCGAGUAUAUUCGUAAACUAAUACCGGUGAUGAAGCAUGAAAACUUUUUUGCUUUCUUUUGGACGGUUGCAAUGACUCAUGACCUUUUCAAUAUGCCAAUGUUAUUCGAUGAAGACAUAAAACAUCUCUUGGAAAACUUUGACACACAUGGAAUACUCAAUCGCACAAUUAUAUUUCUUAUGAGUGAUCAUGGCAUAAGGUGGGGAUCGUUUCGCAAGACCUACCAGGGCAUGAUGGAAGAGCGACUUCCACUUCUUAUAGCACUCUAUCCGCCGUGGUUUAAACAGAAGUACCCAGAAGCAGUCAGCAAUUUGGAAGCUAAUGCAAAACGUUUAUCAACGCCUUACGAUCUUCAUGCUACAAUGUUGGAUCUGCUUGACUUGCGCAAGUUAAGUGCCAAACAAUUAAUCAAACGCAGCGCUGAACUGAACGAUCCUGAUACAAGUAUGCCACGAAGUAUUAGCCUCUUUUUGCCGAUUCCAAAAAGCCGCACUUGCGAAAAUGCCUACAUUGCCUCGCAUUGGUGCAGUUGUCAUCAGCACCAAGAAUUACCCACCAAUGAUGGUCGAGUACAAAAAGCUGCCCGUUACAUUGUCAAAUUAAUAAACGAUCGUCUCAAAGAUCAUCCUCAGUGUCGUGUUUUAUACUUGAACUCAAUAACAUAUGCUACCGUAGCUGCGCCCCAUCACAAAAUCGUUAAAGAAUUGGGGAUCAGUGAUUAUUCAAUUGAUAUAACAUUACGUCUGCAAACAAAGCCCGGUCUUGGUCUCUUUGAAUCAACCGUCAGAAUGUCUAGCUAUAGCACUGCAUUGACAGGCACUAUAAGUCGCAUUAAUCUCUACAGCAGUCAAAGUUAUUGCAUCGAUGACUAUGCCCUGAAAAUGUUCUGCUAUUGUCACAGAUAAAUGUUAGAACUUUUCAGGCGAUUUGCUACUUACUACUUGACCCAAAUUGGGUUAUAUUGACACAAUACCAAAAUUAAUUAUAUUUCAUUUUUCAAUUUACAAAAUUCUCAUAAAACAAGACUUAUUAAAAAAAAACUUUAAAUUGUACUAAAUAAAGCUUUAAACUAAGUUAAUUAAAACAAUAAUUAAAUAUAACUAUGGUCAGUACUAUACGACUGUAGAAUUAGUAUUCCACAAAUAUUAUAUAUCAAUUAUACUAUAUACUACAACUAUAUUUA